GGGAUCUUUUCAUUUUCCUGCCAUCCGAGUUUCGUGAUUCUUUCCUCUGAGUAACUUUUCUUUAAGUUUCAAAGUAUGGCACGACAAAUACCUCUAACAUGUAGCGGACAUACAAGACCGGUGGUUCAUCUAUCUUUCUCAGAUAUAACUCCAUAUGGGUACUUUCUUAUAAGCGCAUGUAAAGGUAAGUUACUUUUUACGUAUAUUUAGAGAAAAUAAUUAUCUCUUCUCUGUCUUUUUCGGUUGUCUACAUAUCCUGCCUGAGAAGGACAAAUAAACUGCAGUUGUUGUACGUGCUUUACGGGUUAUUAUAUUUGGUAAGGAAAUACUGAACUAUUCCUAGGACAUGGCAUGGUGAGGGAGCUUUUGGAUUUUAUGGGGAGAAGCCGAAUUUACGCGCGCUCUGACGAACUGUGCCUAUAUGUUCUUAUUCCUCUAUUGCCGGCGAAUUGCUGUCAUAAAUUUUAACUGGAAAAAAGGUCGCUUCGUUUGGCAUCCAGCUCUCUGCAUUUUAUCCUUCUUACGUCGGACUCAAUUUUUACUCCCAUGUCACAAACAACAGUCAAUCAGCAUGUACCGUAUCCUCAUUAUCGUUAUUGAUCAAAGGGAAAGACCUUUUGAUCUCAAAAUCGUCGUCGAAUAUUGUUAAGUUAAUUCCCGUAAAGAAUUAACUCGAUCGAAUUCAGACCCCCCUAGAGAAACCAUAUAUGCAGACAAGUAAGAGCUAUGGUAACCAUUAUUUAAAUUUGAAAAAAAAAUGUUUACAUAACGUUUUUUUCAUUAUCUAAGUUGAUGGCCCACACCCCAAGUGUUACUUAAUGAUAUCAUUCACUUUCAAACUGACCUUCUCAUAACCCUUUUACUCCCAGUAAUGACCAACAUGUCACUUCUCCUUAAAAUAUCCAUACAGUAUCCAACAAACAGGUAAUAAGAAAACACAAACUAAUCAGAUGGAAGUUGUUACCUGGAACAAUCAAAUCUUGGGAGUUUAAGUUUAAGGGAUUCUCUGCUGAAUCAACUCUUAAAUCAAGAAAAUGAAAGAAAUUAUCACCACCCCAAGAGGCUCUUAUUGUUAGACAGAUUCUCCUUGUCAGUACUUUGAGAAGUGUAUGAAGAACAGUAUGGAGAUUACACAAACUGAUGUCAGGCACUAAAGGGUUAAAUAGAUCAAUGGUAUUCCUUUCAACUAUAUAUUUGAAAGCCAUAGAGGAUGCCAAAAAAUUGAAUAUAUAGGAAUUUCUUGUUGAGCACACUAAGGAAGACCAAGGAGACAAAGACUCUGGAAGACAAGCAUCUCUAUUAUUUUAGGGUAGAAUCACUCUCCCUCUCCCCCUUUACCCUAUGGGGAAAAGAUGCUUUAGAAGAAAAGUCAUGGACCCAUUAAAAUUAACGUGUGUUUUUUGUUGGAUUAUCUGUAAAUCAAUUUUCAUUUGUUUUUCAAGAACUAAAUUUUUGUACUAUAGUUUUUGGUUACCACAAUUAGUUUAACAUUUUACAACUUAUCAAUGCCACCAAAAGGAUGAAAAAAUUCCUAAAGCUGUUCCAGACUGUUGCACUCACUUUUUUCUAAUGAAAGGGAGAAAUUGUUCCAAUCACUUAGUGCUUUCUACUCUUCUUAAUUUUAGUGUUAUACCACUAUAUUUUUCUUAUCUGAUGUUCUAUUUCAUUGUUCAUUAAUUGUGCAUAGUACCCUUGUGAAGAAGACACUGAAUACAAUGUAUAAUCUUUUACUGUUUUGUAUGUUUAUUGUUGCCACAGAUGGAAAGCCUAUGUUACGACAUGGUGACACAGGAGACUGGAUUGGUACUUUUGAAGGUCAUAAAGGAGCAGUAUGGAGUGCUACCUUAAAUAAAGAUGUCACCAAGGCAGCUACUGGGGCUGCUGACUUCACAGCGUAAGUAUAUGCAUAUAUAGGGUAGUGGUGUACCAUCACCUUGCCUUUUACCAACCUUCAAGGUUUUUUAUGAGAUUUGUAUUAGUGGUCACAGCUAAGGUUUCUGAUAGAGCCAGCCAUCUACAAAAAAUUUGUUAAAAUCAUUGAUAGAGUUAUUUGUAAAUGCUGAUCAUCACUUGUGAUUGAUUCUAAACCAUGUGGCAUUUUUUUUGCUGGAAAAAAGGGGUUUUUGCUCCUGUUUUCUUUUUCCCAGCUUUCUUUUGUUCACAAGUCAGCAAAUCUGAAUUGGUUAGCAAAGAAUGAUGACUGUAAUAUUGUUAAGGAAUUUUAACAUUUGCAAACUAGGUUUUGACAAAUAACAAUCAAUGUAUGGGUAGGGGAGACUGCAAGGAAGAGGGUCAGAAGCCACAAUGUGUUGAGGGCAGAAAGCAGGACAGAUAUUCCAGAUGGGAAUAGUCUUAAAUAAUUGAUCUGCAACAAGUUGCAAGAAAGGGUUUGAGAUGGGAUUGAAAGGUGGAGCAGGUGGGAAUGUAAAAUUCAUGUGAAUUUGGCAACUCUCAUGCUUAUGUUGUCUGUUACUUUGUUUACUGUCAAAUACACCCAGUAAAUAGCUACAGAAAUGCUGCUCACAAUGUAUAGGAAAUGGUUUUGAUAGAAAAGUAUCAGCAGAGUUAAAGAAUUAUCUCACUCACUAUUUAGGGAUCUGUAUUCUUCAAAUUAAAGCAUAAUUAUGUACACAGUCGUUAAUUUAGCAGAUUAAUUUGAAAGAUGAGAUUCCAUUUUGUAAUAAAGUAAACUGUUGAUUGGAUUUACUAACUGGAAAAUAGCUGAAUUUAUCCCUACUGUAAAUGUCUAGGUAUUAUCUGCAAUUGUAUAAAAACAAGAAAAAAAGUAGAGUUGACUAAAAAUAAGUAAAUUUUAUAUAUUUAUUUUUUUCACAACAGUAAAGUAUGGGAUGCUGUAAGUGGAGAGGAAGUUAGAAGUCUACCUCAUAAACAUAUUGUAAAGGUUGUGGAUUUUUCUCCAGUAAGUAUCAAGAAGCUCCAUGAAAUUGAAAAUUUUUUAUGGACCCUUCUACCAUUCAUAUAAUAUUAGCUGGGAGAAUUUGGUAUUGGAUCAAUUUAUUUAAUAAUCCCCUAACUGAUAUUUUUCUACUUUCUCAGCACUUGUUUGCCUGUUGUUCAAUUGAUAUUUAUAUUGUUAGGAGAAAUUCUGUUUUGGUCACUCACAGAAGUUGAAGGGUUAAAUAACAGUUAAAUCUGGAUAUUUUAAAGAGACAUAGAUAAUUAUUAUUUGAAGACUUUGUGUAUUCCCUCAUAACUUUGGAUGCAUUUACUGAUAACUGUAAUUCUGGGAACAUUAUAUUUUAAGUUAAAAGUAAACAUGUUUUUUUCAGUGUCUUGUCGUGCCCUGACAGCACACUUCAGUUCUCUCAUUUUCUACUUAACCCUUUAACUCCUGUUAGUGACCAAGACAGAAUUUCUCCUUAAAAUAAUAAUACAAUAUCGACCAGAUAGGUGAUGAGAUUAAAGAAAAAUAUAAAUUUGGGGAUAACUAUUUGAUCCAAUACUAAAUUCUCUGAACUAACUUCAUAAGAGUUGUAUGAUUGACAGUAAGGAGAAUAACAAAUUUGAACUGGGAGUUAAAGGUUUAAGAUGAUUACGAGAUAUACUUACAAAUUUUGGUGAUUGGAAUGCAAGACCUUUUGCCCAGUGCAAACUAAACUAUCAUAAUAAUCAUUAUUUAUUAUUAACUAACUAUGAUUAUAAUGUAGCAUGCAAUCUGUGCCAUUCAGAAAAGAAUUAAAAACCAAAAGCAGCACACUGUCUAAUCCUGUGGAGAUGUUUAUUUUUUACAGCUAAGUGCAAUUUCUUUUUUCUCAUAAGGAUGGUGAUAGACUCCUUACAGCCAGUAAUGAAAUGCUCAUGAGAGUAUUUGAUCUUCAAGAUGAAAGUGCUGGUAAAUAGUUUUUCAAUUGAUUUACUUUCAAUCAUCUUUGUUGGAGAAAUGCAAAGUCUUUUUGAGGGUACCAGUGACUGACAGAAGUUUUCUGCAUCAUGUAAAGACCUUUGCUCAGGCUUAUAACUUAAGCUAUUACUUUCUGUUAUGGAUAAAUCAAUGUAAUAUUUUGUUUAGAACCAGACUUAUUACAAGGUUAUAAAGAAAAUAUAAGGGCCGCACUGUGGAGUGAAGAUGGCAAGUAUAUUAUGAGUGGAGGAGAAGACAAAGCAAUAAGGUAUACUCAUACAACUCUAUCACAACUAAAUUUUCUCACUUGUAAUAAUCCAGUGGUAAAUACAGAUGUGACUUGCAUUGUGCUUUUGUGCUGCCUAGGAGCUAGCAUGAACUGCUCAAAUCUCCAUCUCUUCCUUAAUGAAAUUCAACCCAUUUCUAUGUCCAUGUGAGGUUUUGUAUUAUAUUAUUGGCUGGAGUCCAAUGGUUUUCGGCUUGAUCAUUAUAAUAACUAUUUCAUCACCAGGGAUAAUUUUUAGAAGUACCCAGGGCCUCAAGUAUGGUGAAAGGCAGCAAAAAUAAGCUUUAAAAUUAUGUUAAGCUCUCCUUGAAGUUUCUCAGAAAAACCAGGGAAAUGUAAUAUUUACUCCUGACCAGUAACUUGUGAUUGUAGGCUUUGGGAUACAAGAAAUAUGACUGAGGUAAAGAAAGUAGAUAUACCACAGAGUGUAACAAGCAUGGUUCUGUCCAAGGAUGGCAGUGUACUUGUUGUUACAUACGAUAGAACCAUCUCUUUUUGGAAUCCAGAAAGGUGAGUAAUCAAAAAUGGAGAAUGGCUUUUACCACUUUAAGAGUUUUUUUUAUUAAGUAGGGGCAAGAAAGAUUAAAAAACCUUCCACUUCUGGGGUAAUCAAAUUUCAACUGUUCAGCCACUUUCCCCCACCCUUUCUGUAAAUGCUUUAAUGGCCAAUUCACUAGUCUUUUCUACAAAUGUCUUGGACGGUGGGACACUAUUAGUAAAUAAAAAUGUAAUGAUAUUCUGCAGAUAAGUUAUAGUUGUGUUUUUCAGAGACAGGAGUGGCAGAGUUUAAGCCCCCUAUUUGGUUACAGUUGAACCUGUACUAAGUGGUCAUCCACAGGGAAUGGCAGGAUGGCUGCCUAAUGCAGGUUACACCGAAUAGGGGUGUUCUAAGAAACAAUAAAAAUAUGCCAUUUUAUGUCUUAAUUGACCACUUCAAUGUAAAAAACUUGCCUGAAAUGCUUCUAGCAUUGAUUUUGGGAGAUAAAUAUUGAUUAAAUCUUACUUGAAAGUUACUCUUACUUUUAUUUGUCAAUAAAUGGUUCUGCUUUAAGUGACCAUUCAGUACACAUGGAAAACAAUAGAAAAAGGCUGUUGGGAUUCACUUCAGGGUGACCAUUACCACUUAUAAAAGGGGACCACUUAAUAGAGGGGACCACCCAAUAGAGUUGAACACUACAGUGUUGAGGAAAAAAAUUGGGAAUUUUGACAACCGACCACUUAAUACAGGAUGACUGUCUUUUGUUUAGAAUGGAACUGAUCAAGUCCUUUGUUGCUCCGACACCAAUAUUUUCAGCUUCACUCCACCCUAGCAAGUCUUGUUUUGUAGCUGGAGGAGAUGACUUUAAGCUCUACAAGUUUGAUUAUGAGGAUGGAAAGGAAAUAGGUGAGAACACAGAGUUAUUUAAAUCUUAAUAGACAAGAAACCAUUUCACAAAUUUUGUUACCAUUUUUCAGUAAGAAAACUUUGUCACAAUUAUUAUCCUAUGAUAAUUUCAAUUACAUUAUGGUCUAUAUCCUGGGCUUGAUUUUGCUUGUGAUCUUUGCAGUUAAUUUUUUUCUUGAGCUCCUUGUGUGAAAACCUAUAAAUUUGUAUAAUAGAACAAAUUUAUGCUUUGAUCAAUUUUUUUGUUGUCUCAGGUAUAAUAUCCCCUAACAGCAUUCAUGCCUUAUGUAUUUGAGGUGUUUGUCUUAACCCUUGACACCCCAACAUCAGUAAGCAUAUUCUUCACACUGUUCUUUAUACAUUUCCUAAGGUGCUGACAAGGAGAAUUUGUUUGCUAAUCAAAAGGUUCCUUCCCUAGUGACCAUUUCCUUUAUUCUCAUGACCUUAAUGUGUGAUUUAGGGCUGAUAUUGUAGGGAGAAAUUAGAUGCUAGUCACUUUUAGGGGUUAAAGGGUUAAGAAAUCACUUUUAAUUAGUCUACUUCUGCCAACAAUAUUAUUCUAGAAUCAUUUAAAGGGCACUUUGGUCCUGUGCACUGUGUGAGAUAUUCCCCUGAUGGUGAGCUGUAUGCAUCUGGGUCUGAAGAUGGAACACUGCGACUUUGGCAGCACACUGUGGGCAAGACCUAUGGGUUGUGGCGAGCUGUUAACAAUCAUGGUGUCUCUACUGAAACCACAAAUUCCUGAUAAAAUAAGCCAGUCAUUGUAUUAAGUUAAAGGUAAUAUACAUAUUAUGAUUAUUUGCAUGGUUUUAACAAACUAGUUGAUUUUAGAAUAAGCAUAGAAAAGUAAAGCACAAAGAAUUGUCAGAAGUUGUCAGAAAUUGCCAGUUACUGAUAUCAUCACUACUCCUUCUCAGGGUCUGUUCAGAGGUGUAAAAUCAGUUGCAAGAAAUAAGGAAAAUGCUGGUUCCAGCUUUCUGAAACAUGCUAUUCUUUUUUCUAUCUCACUGUAUAUAUUGUUAUUAAAAAAAAACCACUAUCACUGGAAGUGUAAUUAUAACAUUGUAUAAUAUUAUGUACUUUGUUAGAUAUAAGUGUAUGAGCCCUUCUGAAAAAUUCCAUUAUAUUUAUAGCCAAACUCAUUUAUCAAUUGUCAAAUAUCAAAGACUAUCAAUAGCUUUCUGCACUUCAAUUUUAGUUCCAAAAAGUAUAGUGUCUUGGGCUGGUUUUAAUUUCUAAUGCAAGUGUGGGGAUGCAAUGCAGCAUACCAAAAUUCAUCACUAGGGUGCUGUUUUUGUAAGAGAAGAACAAAUGCCCACUAAAUAUCAAUUAUCAAGCACAAGUUCCUCUUCUCCUUUUUUAAAAGUUAUCUCUGCAGUUGAGAUGAGACAAGCAAUUUGAACAGAAGAAUCUUAUCAGUAAUGGUAUUUUCAGAAUUGUCUCUUGCAUGUUUCCUCAAACCAUUGUUGGGUGUUCUAAACAUUUAUAUUUAAUUUUUGUUGUUAGGAAAAUCUUGUGUUUAAUGUUAACUCUUAUAUGAAUAUUAGAUACUUGGAACCAACUAGUGUUUUUUUGGAGGUAUGGUGUUGAUGAGAGACUUAGAGAAUUUAUUUACAUGACUAGUCCUGGUUCUCCUUCCCUUUUAGCGCUGUGCUGCUUUCAUACUGCAUUUUGUACAUUGUAAUUCAAAACAGAUCUUUUUUGUCACAACCACUAAUUAUUUCAUGUUUAACAUGGUUCCCUAGAUGUAUUUCUGUGACAUUUUCCACAAUGAAGUGAUAGUAUGAUCCUAAAGAUGUUGUGUGCAAUGACAACCACUUGGGGGGAAAAAACUGUGAAGCAUAGUAACAGCAGCUGUUGUCAUAGAGUUUUAGUAAAUUAGCGCACUGUCA